UACUCACCUUCUCUCUCUCGCCAAGUCUGACACAUUCGAGCUGGCGACUGAGCUCCAGCUCGCUCUCCAAUUUUGAUCGUCUCCUCCUCCUCCUCCUCCUCCUCCUCCGCGAUCCGCCAUGCGACCGCCGCGGACCUCCCGGCGCCGCUCCACCUCCGGCCCUCCCUCCCUCCGGUCGCGUCCGCGUUCCCCUCCCCUCGACCAGCCCGUCGUGCCGCCGCCUCCGUCGGCCCCCCGCUCUCCUCUCCGGCGGUCGCCGCGGUUCUGUCCGCGCCCGGGACCCUCGCGAUCUGGGCAGCGACCUCACCGUCGGCUCGAUUCUCGCUUGGCGAAGCAUGUCGCCGCGGCAUUGGGGCUGAGGAGGUCCCCGAGGCUGGGUUCGGGCAUGCAUGGAGCGGGAAAGAGCAGCGCGAGGAUGGCGACCCGUUGGCGCUUGGCUGGAUGCUUGAGGAGGUCUCCGAGGCUGGGUUUUGGCGUGACUGGUGCGGAGAGCGACAAUGUGGGUACCCGUUCGCCUGCAUUGGGCGAUUUGUCGAGCGAAUUUGGUCCCGGGGAGGCGGGGAGUGGUGUGAGGAAGCGCCGUGCGGCGGAUUCCGCCGAAAUGCCUUCGAGAUGUUCGAGUUUGGUGCCGGCGAAUUUUGGGAGUCGGAAGAGAAAUGCCGCUCUGGUUUCGGUUAAGUGUCAAGGAUCUGCUGGUCAGAGCUCGUUUGAUGACAAGGGAAAACUGUUUGUAAAUGUGGACUCUUCAGAUGCUAGAAUUUUUCGAAGAUCUCCAAGAUUGUCUUUGAAUCCAUCAAUGCCUCUACUGCAUUAUCCAGAAUUAGGGGGGCGAAGUAUUCAUAUUAAAAACUUGCUGUCCUCUCCAAAGAACGGUCUUAAAUCCCUGUCAUCAAAGUCUUGUAAUUUAAAAUCGAAGGUUUUAAUUAGUGAAGUCAAGCGAUUAUCCCUCCCCAGGCAUAAGGGUGAUGAAAAAUCACACAUGCAUACAAUGCCUCAGGAUCCCAAAAAUAUGGACAACCUGCUGUUAAGAAGAUCUCCAAGAUUUGUUUUGGCAACUCCAGAUGAUAACAGUAAGAAAUCCUCGAGAAACUUUGACAUGUCCAUUGUGAAUGGCAGGCAAUCAAGGAGCCCUGGAAAACUCACAUCACUCCCCAUUGGCGACAAUGUUGAAGUCAAGGAUGUCUCUAGGGGUAAAUCAGAGAAAGGGCUUUUCAAGAAUUAUAUGUCCUCUUUAAUGAACUCAGAUAUGAGAGGAUUGGACGAGAGUUACUUGAAGCAAUCUCCAGCAGAUUGUGCCUUGCCUAGGAAACCUGAACAUGAUGGAUUUUGUUGUGCUCCAACUACAUUACUUGAGACAGCAAGCGAGCAAACUCUUUCAGAAGCUGAAUUUUCUGCUUCUAAAAUGAUUAAAUCAAACAAUGAUAAAACUACUUUCUUUGUUGGAGAUGCAAUUCCCAAGGAUGAAGCUAAAAAAUGGUGGCACUGGCGUUAUGAUAUAAAGAGUCAAACAUUGAAGAGUGGAAAGAAAUCGCAGGAGUCUGAUGACGAAGAUGAGAUUAUUAUAAACGUGAAAUGCCAUUACAGACAAGCUGAAGUUAAGGGGUGCAUUUUUGAAAUUGGAGACUGUGCAUAUAUAAGGGGUGACGGAGGGAACAAACAUGUGGGGAGGAUCUUAGAGUUCUUCAAAACGACUGAUGAAGAAGAUUAUUUCAGGGUUCAGUGGUUCUAUAGAGCUGAAGAUACGGUCAUGCAAAAUCAAUCCUCUUUUCAUGACAAGGAGCGGCUGUUUUAUUCUGCUGUGGAGAAUGACAAUCCUUUAGAUUGUAUUCUUUCAAAAGUCAACAUUGCAAGGUUAAAUCCUAAGGUUGGUGUAAAAUCAACUCACAUACAGUCUGACUUCUAUUAUGACAUGGAGUAUUCCUUGGAGUAUUCGACAUUUCACACAUUGAUUUCUGAUGGUCUGACUAAGGGCAAUGAUUCUCCAUCAUGUAAUUCCCUCAACGGUUCAGCUUCAACAGACGUUGAAACAACAUUAGAGAAUAUGCUGAGAAGCGGAACUCAGAAAGCAGAAUUAACCCUCUUAGAUCUUUAUUCUGGGUGUGGAGGGAUGUCAACUGGACUACAUCUCGGUGCCAAACUUUCCUGCACUGAUCUUGUGACGAGGUGGGCCCUUGAUUGUGACGAGUCUGCAUGCGAGAGCUUCAAGUUAAAUCAUCCUGAGACCCAGAUUAGGAAUGAAGGUGCUGAGGAAUUCCUAAAACUAUUAAAGGAAUGGGAAAAACUAUGUAAACAAUUUGCAAUGAAUAGUGUUGAAGGUAUGCACGGAUUGAGAGAAAACAACUGUAGAGUCACCCGUAGUCAUGGAAGUCCUGCAGAUGUUGCUGAUACUCCAAAAGAUGAAUAUGAAGUUUCUAGCCUAGUCGAUAUCUGUUAUGGUGAUCCCAAUCAGAUAGGCAAGCCCGGACUACAUUUUAAGGUGCAUUGGAAAGGUUACAGUUCAAAGGAAGAUACAUGGGAACCAAUUCAAGGACUAAGACACUGCGGAGAGGCGAUGCAGAAUUUUGUCAGAAAGGGAUUCAAGUCCAAAAUCUUGCCACUCCCUGGUGAUGCUGAUGUCAUAUGUGGGGGCCCCCCAUGCCAAGGAAUCAGUGGCUACAAUCGAUUUAGGAAUGUUGAGGCUCCAUUGGAUGAUGCAAGGAAUCGUCAGAUUGUCGUCUUCAUGGACAUAGUGCAGUUCCUAAAACCUAAGUUUGUAUUGAUGGAAAAUGUAACCGACAUCUUGAGAUUAGAUAAAGCGUCACUUGCAAGGUAUGCGUUAAGUCGAUUGGUACAUAUGAGAUACCAAGCAAGGUUAGGAACUAUGGCAGCUGGCUGUUAUGGUCUCCCUCAGUUCCGCUUGCGUGUUUUCCUUUGGGGAGCUCAUCCAAGAGAGAAGCUACCUCAGUUUCCUCUCCCUACGCAUGAUGUCAUUGUUAGAUACUGGCCUCCUCCAGAGUUUGAGCGCAAUUUGGUGGCUUUUGAUGAAGAUCAUACUGCUGACCUUGAAAAAGCGGUUGUUCUUGGCGAUGCUAUCUCUGAUCUUCCAGAUGUUCCAAGCCUUGAAACCCGAGAGGAAAUGCCAUACAAGAACUUACCAGAGACGGAUUUCCAGAAGUAUAUUAGAUCAACGAAAUACGAGAUGAUGGGAUCUCCGUCAGAUGAAUGCACAAGAAAGAAAAGGUUACUAUAUGACCAUCGGCCACUCCCAAUAUCAGGAGUCAAUUACUUACGAAUUUGCCAAAUUCCAAAAAGGAAGGGAGCGAACUUCAGAGACCUUCCAGGUGUAAUUGUAGGAGCCGAUAAUGCAGCACGGCGUGAUGAAACAAAGGAGCACCUGCUGCCAUCUGGGGAGCCCCUGAGACCAAACCCAGAUAGACUCCGUUCAUUGUGUGAUGAGGAAAAUUAUUGUGUAGAGAUUGCGAUGACACAUGGGGAAAUGCACAUUAGCCAAAGACAACUCGCCCAAAUAGUAUCAAGGGUUCCAGAUUACGUCUUCACCUUUGAACAAGGAAAGUCGAAAAGACCGUUUGCGAGGCUAUGGUGGGAUGAAACGGUGCCUACUGUGCUAACCUUCCCCUAUUAUCGGAGCCAGGCAGCAUUGCAUCCUGGGCAGGAUCGAGUCCUCACAAUAAGAGAAUGUGCAAGGCUGCAAGGAUUUCCUGACUACUAUAGGUUCAGCGGGACAGUAAAAGAGAGGUACCGCCAGAUAGGAAAUGCAGUUCCCAUUCCUGUGGCGCGGGCCUUGGGCUACGCCCUAGGGGUGGCAUAUCACAAACUAAGUGGGGAUGAACCGAAUAUGAUCCUUCCCCCAAGGUUCUCUACUUCUACUUAUCUUGAACUGAUGAAAGCAUUAAAUCCUCCUGUUGAUCUCAAAGCUUUGCAACAUUAGCCAGGAAGUCCUUGUUGAGCCAGUUUGUCAUUCGUGUAAAGAUUCUUUGACAUUGGCUUCCAUUCUUUAAUAUUUUAGGAUGCAACUGGCUGACUUCAAUUCUUUAAGAUUUAUCUUAAACCGGGGUGGCGCUUUUCUUUUCAUGAUGGAUGGGAAGAUGACCUUCUAUGUGUCUCACACCAUGCACACUCUAAGAAAAUUGAUGAAUAGAAGAGAUUUGGGUUGAACUAGAA